UGCAUGCGCUUUGCUUUGCUUGCGCUAAAAAAAAGUGUCCCCGCAAGUGCCAAAUUCAUAUUUUUGAUAUAUUUACAAUGAGCCCACAUGCAACCAACAAAAGGGACGUCAACGUGAUCAUAAACAACAAUAACAAUAAUAAUAAUGGUUUGUAUCCGCCUCCCUCAUUGAAGAUCAACAAGGACUCCCAUUUCAUCAAGAAAUCGCCCUCCUCCUCCUCUUCCUCCCCGUCCUCGUCCGCCUCCUCGUCCACGUCAUCGCUAGUGAACGCCGUGGCGGGAUCUGCUGGUGCGAGGCCGCCGCCGCAGCAGCAGCAGCGCCACCCGGUCAUUAUCUACACGCAUUCGCCCAAGAUCAUACACACGCAUCCGCGGGAUUUCAUGGCGUUGGUGCAGAAACUCACGGGCCUCUCGCGCUUCGACGAAGAUGCACAAGUGGCGCCCCCGCAGCAGCAGCAGCAGCCGCAGAGGACGACGAAAGCCGAGAGGGGGGAGGGUUUGUUGGAGGAGGAGAUGAUGAGUGGUAAGGGCGCCAAGGUUGUGAUGAGAAACGAGGAUAACGACUCGUCGUCGGUGAUCACGACGGAGGAGAAUUGCAGCAGCACAAAUAUUAUUAAUAGUAAUAUUAAUCUAGGGGUCAGCGUAGGCGUAGGAGGAGGAGGGGAUGGGCAUGUUCAGAUGAAUUCAUGCUUUGUGCCGCCCAAUCCUUAUAUCGGAGGGAUUCCGGUUUUUACCCCCAACGCCGCCGAUUUCUUUAGCUCCAAUCCCAUCAACCACCUUUUUACAAUAUGAUCAUCAUCAUCAUCAUUAUCCACGAUCCAUGACGAUCCAUGAGGAGGAAAUUAAGGGAAGGAUUUUCACUCUUUUUGUUUAGAAUUAAUGUUUGAUUAUUGGUUUUGGUUUUUAUUUAUUUAUAAAUAUGGGUGCCUGUCAUGUCAGCUGCCAAUAAAAGUUCUAAUUUUCUGGGGUAGAACUUUUUUCUGUGAAUGAAUAUUGUCAAAACACUGUUGAAAUUUGAGUUA